CUCUAAAAAACUCAGUUUCCUCUGAUCUGUGUCUCGAACCAAAAAACAGUUGCACAGAUCGCAUACAAAUGAAAAAUAAAUAAAAUAGAUAAUUUCUCUCUCACUGAAAAACCCUAAUUCGAAAUUUGAAACAAAAUUUUCUUUCAAGCUCAUUCAUUCUGAUAAAUUCACCUAAUCGUGGCUCCCUCAGCUCCACAAGCCCCUUCUCGAAGGAAACCCUUUUCUUCUUCUGCAUCACCAUCACAAUCGCAAUCCACUUUGCCUCCAAGAGUAACUCCAACAAGAUUCGUCUAUAGAGAACCCAUACCUUUCUGGCAGCAGAAUUGGUUUAUUGGAUUGCUUUUCGCGAUGGCUCUCGCCUUUUUUGGUCUCUCUAUAUUCCUGUUCCUCAAUCUUGAUCUUAACCAGGGCUCCUUUUCCUCUGCGUCCGCUGCCUCAUCCGCUGCCUCCGCCUCUGAAGACCUUCAGAUAACUUAUGGAACAGUUCUGAAGCUGAUGCACGAGAGGACAAAAUUUCGGCUUCAUUCCCAUGAUGUGCCGUAUGGCUCUGGGAGUGGGCAGCAAUCUGUUACAGGGUUUCCUAAUGUCGAUGAUUCCAAUAGCUAUUGGAUUGUUAGGCCUCAGAUAGGCACGAACGCCAAACAAGGUGAUACAAUCAAAACGGGAACAAUCAUCCGCUUGCAACACAUGAGGACUAGGAAAUGGCUGCACAGCCAUUUGCAUGCAUCCCCAAUUUCGGGCAACCUUGAGGUUAGCUGCUUUGGAGGAGAGUCUGAAUCCGAUACAGGGGAUUACUGGAGGCUUCUGAUUGAAGGUAGUGGGAAGACAUGGAAGCAAGAUCAAAGGAUUCGGCUACAACAUGUUGACACCGGUGGCUACCUGCACAGUCAUGACAAGAAAUACCAGCGGAUAGCUGGGGGGCAGCAAGAGGUCUGUGGUGUCCGUGAAAAGCGUGCUGAUAAUGUAUGGCUGGCUGCAGAAGGCGUGUAUCUCCCUGUUACAGAGAGCAAGUAGAAGAUACUUUAUAGAGGGCUUUACUAUGUAAAAACAGGUGCAUGGGUUUUGAUGGGGUGGUUGAUGCCUGUUAGUAUAGUAGUGGUACAUGUUUUAUUGAUCAAGGAAAAUGUUUCAAAGACCGGAAAUGCAAUAGUGCUAACGGUUGUUUCUUAUCUAGUACCACACAGCUUGUUAUUUGUUCCUUGAUAAAUGCAUAACUGACUCAUUUACCUCUAUGUUAGCGAGGUCGAAUGUAGUACUCAAUUAUGUACCAAUUAUUGUUUUUUAUAUAUUAAUGUUGUUGAAUAACAUUUGAUCCUCCUUAAAUUUCA